UAAUAAACCAAAUAAAUAGUAUGGAGUAGUGAGAAGGUGAAGCUUCGAUCAGCACACUGUAUUUUAGACUGUACUCCGAAGUUAUCUGUAUCUUGCAACGAAUCGUUUUAAACAUCUAACAAAAAAGUGUACAAUCAUAUUGUUCCAGUCUUCACACAUUUCUCUAUGAUAUUAUUCAUUAGACGACGCUGUUACUACUUUUCAACCAAUGAUGAUAGUGAUUUCAAGACAAAUUCAGCCACUGUUGGGGCUAACCAAAGUUGUCAUUCGAUAUAUUCAGCUGCUUUGUCCAAGAAUAAGAUACACCGAACUUUUGUACAUGAGUCUCCUCAAAAAACUGUUUAAUUCUUAACAAAAUGAAAUAGGUUAUAAAUCGUGUAUACAGCUUAAUAUCAAGCAAGGUGUAGUCAGUACUGUCAGCAAUGAGACUGGCUGGCCUUAUCUAUCAUUGAAAAGGCUCUCUAAGUAAGGAUGUUUGCUCUAAUAAUCCUUUCCCUCUGUAAAUUUUGUUCCUCUACAUUCCGAAAAUAAGCGUAACGAUUGAUUCCAAUUGAUUAUUUCAACGGAUACGAUGACCGUAUCGAUCAGCUAAAGGUUAGCUAUCAAAAUAUUAUCCUUAUUUCCAAUGAAUUUGGUAGUGUUGAACAGUAACUGAUUAAAAGUACUGCAUGUACGAGUAUUUAGAACAGUCCAAAGUUGUAAAAUACGCUCAUUUUGUUUUUACUUUCAGGUCAAACCUCCAAAACUGUUAGUCAUUCAGUUGGUCUGCAGUUAUCUCACUCUGUCUCUAUUGAACUGUCGAUCUUCAGAGAAUAGAUGGACAGUAUUUUCUUGAAAAUCAUUCACGUGUUGUGUAUUGUUCAUUUAGUAUCAGGAUACAAUCCUGUUGGUGAAAAGCUUGAUGCACUGCUAACAUCUACAGAAAAAGUGAUUUCCUAUUAUGAACAACACAAUGAAGAGUUCAAUUUUGACGGAAUAUUCGGUUUAAUUCCAUUGAAAGGUGCACUUGAAAGCAUUGUCUAUAAUUUUUUGAACAAUUAUGAUGGAGAAAAACCAUCUUCUUGGAGAGAUUUAGGUCAAAAAUUUCAAACACAACUUCAAACAGUUAAAACAAUAAUUUCAAAAAGCAUUACUUUUUUGAAUGAUACGAAAGACCCGUAUUUCAUUGAAAUGGGUAAACUUUUAUCAUUGGAUUGGAUAUUUCCCAAUGAAAAUAUAUUGUAUAAAUCAAACUUAGUGAUUUCAAACACAAUUAAUACACAAAAAUCAAAGCAUAUUACAAGUGAUAAAUGUAUCAGCCAACUAUUAAAAUCAAGACGUCCAGAAAGUAUAAAUUGUAUUCUUCCAAUGGAUUGCGUCACCAAGCUAUUGAACUUUAAAUCUCAUGGAUACGAAUUAGCUCAUCAAAUUCUGUACAUACUAAUUACAUUUCAAGUUAAUUGUACUGAUUCUUUGGCUAAUAUGUUAUCUGCUCUUUCUGUUAAUUUCGAGGAGUUGAAAAAUCAGCUGUGUUUAGUCUUAUAUCAAGAUCUUGUAAAUUCAUUCUCUUAUGUGAGAACAAAACCUUCCUACCAGGAUAUAGUACUUGAACAAAUUUUUGUCUGUGGCAGUCUUGGUUAUGGAAGAUUUAUUCAACUUUCUGUACUCAAUGAGAUUUUGUCAUGGCAACAACCAUCUGGAUGUUUUAUUGCCUCAACAUAUAACUCCAAUGAGAAUACAGUGAACACUACUAAAAUUAUCUUUCCUAUGCGCCAACCUCUUGCUGAACGUAGACAUAAAGAUGGUUGCCUAUCACAUAUGACUUCUGUGGCUACAGCUGUAUUAAGCUUGUAUUUGAGAGAAUUUUUUAUUCCUAAAUACACACUCUCUGCAGAUGGAUAUUUGAUGGAUUUAUUUGCUAUUACACAGAAAGUUCUUUUGACAAAACAAUUUGAUUCCCUUCCACCAUUACUGGAAGAUGAUAGUAGCAAUAAUAUGAAUUAUUAUGUAAAGCAUAGAUCACUUGAUAGAAACAUCCGAAAAGUUCCAUUCUCCGAUCGUUUAUUAUUUGUUAAAGGAUCAUGGAUAUCACGGAAUCUCGCAGGUUCAUUGAAUUCGAACAAUGAAAUGACUAUAUCGUAUACAAUUUGCCCACUUGCUUUUAGAACAGUUUUUUAUUUUAUUUGUUUCAUAGUUUGUUUCUAUGCAUUACUACGCUUUUGUGUAUUUCGUGGACGAUUAUUCAAUAUGCUUAAAUUUACCAUUAGAACAUAAAUUGUUGCACCCACCCACCCACGCGCACACACACACACACAAGCACAUCAAUACUCACUAUUUUUAUCUUCAAGUUGAUAUGAUGUUUAUAUUUGUUAAUAUAUUUUUCUUUCUUUUUGUUCUUUCCCUCAUCUUUUCUAAUGUUGAUUUUGUAAUAUAAGUAAAGACAUGCAUUAUGUGAUAUUAAGAAAGAGGUUUUACAGUUUUACUUACAAAAUGAUAAACAUUUUCAACAAUAAGAUUCCUAUUUUGAUUACUCAUAAGUUAUGCAAUAGAUUGGAAAUACAUAGAACUGGUCACAGGCUGUUUGUAAUGCAAUGGCAAUUUGGCCAGGAAAUUACUAUUAUUAUAUUGUAUUAUUUACAUAUUAUUAUUCCCG